GAAGAAAUUAUGGUGGAAUCUACUUCAUUGUGGGACAUACAUCCUCUACUUGUGCUUCAUAUAUAAUAUGAUUGCAUGCACUUGAAAAACUUCAAUCUUUUUCAAUUACUACAAAUAUGAUAUCAGAAAAAAUUAUUGAGAUGAACAGAUUCAUCAAAAUAUUGAGUGUGCUGAUGUUUCUACUUUCACUAUGCAUGAAACUUACUUCAGUAUCUGCUGCUGAAGUUAGGUGCAUAGACAGGGAAAGACGAGCUCUUCUCGAGUUUAAGCAUGGCCUUGUUGACGACCAUGGCAUACUCUCAUCCUGGGGAAGUGAAGAAGUUAAAAAGGAAUGUUGCAAAUGGAUGGGCAUCUCAUGUAGCAAUAGAACUGGUCACGUAGUUUUACUCGAUCUGCAUGUAAAUCUGUUGGUCGACCUUUUUUAUCUGAAGGCUGCUAAGCUUAGCCCCGCACUGCUUGAGUUGCAGCAUUUGAAUUAUUUGGACCUGAGUUGGAAUGAUUUUGGAAGAAGUGAAAUACCAAGAUUCUUGGGUUCCUUCAAGAAAUUAAGGUACUUGAAUCUUGCACGCUCAAACUUCAUUGGUGAAGUUCCUUGUGAACUUGGGAACCUUACAAAUCUGCAUACUCUUGACCUUGGUCUUAACAAUUUGAGAAUCGAGAACUUUGAGUGGCUUUCUCAUCUUUCUUUGCUGUCAUAUCUUGACUUGACUCUUAAUGAUUUUGGAGGAAGUGAAAUGCCAAGAUUCUUUGGUUCCUUCAAGAAAUUAAGGCACUUGAAACUUGAAGGCUCAAACUUCACUGGUGAAGUUCCUUGCGAACUUGGGAACCUUACAAACCUACGUACUCUUCACCUUUGUUGUAAUGAUUUGAGAGUCAAGAACCUUGAGUGGCUUUCUCAUUUUUCUUUGCUGUCAUAUCUUGACUUGAGUGGCAUGAACCUUAUGAAUCAAACCAACUGGUUGCUCCACAUAACAAGGCUCCCUUUCCUUGAGGAACUGUAUUUGUCAUUCUGUCAACUUUCCACCACAGUGCCUUAUUUAGAUAUCUUUACUAAUUCUUCUUUACCCUAUCUGUCUAUCCUCGAUUUAUCCGGCAAUGAUCUCACUUCCUCUUUUGCAUUCCAUUGGUUGUUUAACCUCAGUGCAAGUCUUACUAGCAUAGACCUCUCCUAUAAUCGAUUAGAGGGUCCUAUUCCUGAUGCCUUUGGAGAAUUGAUUUUUCUUGAGAAACUUGUUUUGAGAAACAAUACGUUCCGCAGGGGGUUUCCAAAAUCUUUGGGGAAUUUAAGUCAUUUGUAUGAACUAGACAUAUCAUGCAAUGAAUUAAACGGUCCUUUGCGAGAUGUUACCAAAUUUUCAUCCUUAAAAACGUUGAUCCUCAACAACAAUAAGCUGAAUGGGUUUCACCCACAAAGCCCUGAGCUACCUUCAAGUCUAGAAAUUUUAGAUUUAUCUUACAACCAAUUUAGAAGGUUACCCGAAGGUAUUGUGAAACUUUCCAAGCUCCAAAGUUUACAAAUGUCUUCAAAUUUGUUGGAAGGUACAAUCACUGAAUGGAACCUUCCAAACUUUGCCAACUUACAUUUGCUAGAUUUAUCCUUCAAUUCCUUGGCUUUCAACUUGAGCUCAGAUUGGAUUCCUCAUUUUCAAUUGGAAGAAAUGCUACUCAGCCAUUGCUAUUUGGGGCCUCAUUUUCCAAAUUGGAUUCAAACUCAGAGUAAUCUUAGAAUCCUUGAUCUCUCUUUUGCUGGUAUAUCAGAUGCAUUACCUAAUUGGUUAUGGAAUAUGUCUUCUUUAAAAUACUUAGAUCUUUCUAAUAACAAUAUUAGAGGUAAAAUUUCUAAUUUGUCCUCAGAGUUGAUUAUUCGUGAAGUUGUAGAUUUAAGUUAUAACAAUUUUUCAGGUCCAAUUCCAUUAUUUCUUUUUCAUUCUCAAGAAUUAAGAUUUUCCAAAAAUAUGUUUUCGGGAUCCAUUUUUCACUUAUGCACGGUACCUGAGGCCUCAUUCAUGCUCAUGCUCGAUCUUUCUGAUAACCAAUUGGAAGGAGAGCUUCCAAAUUGCUGGUUCAACAUGAGUGAAUUAAUGGUUCUGGAUUUGGCAAAUAAUAAGUUUUUAGGUAAAAUUCCCCCCACUUUGGGCAGUUUGGAUCAUCUUGAAAUAUUACACUUGCGCAACAAUAAUUUCAUUGGUGAAUUGCCUUCAACUUUGAGAAAUUGCACGGGAUUGAGGACGCUUGAUGUGGGAGGAAACAAGUUAACCGGUAAUAUUCCAGCAUGGAUAGGAACACAUUUAACAAGUUUGACAGUUCUUAGCCUUCGACAUAAUGAAUUUGAUGGAAUCAUGCCUUCAACAAUUUGCGGCCUCACCAGUAUCCUUGUCUUGGACCUCUCUAGAAACAAUAUUUCAGGAAGAAUAUCAUGGUGUUUAAACAAUAUUACUGCUUUGGUUCAAAAGAACAGUUCAAUAGAAAUCACUAAUACUUUGACAUAUUUCUUAAUUCGUGAUUCUGGAUUGUACGUUAACAGAGCUCUUGUUCAAUGGAAAGGACGAGAUUCAGAAUACAAAACAAUAGGACUUCUGAAGGGCAUUGAUCUUUCUGGAAAUAAGCUUUUUGGACCUAUUCCUCAAGAGUUUUCUGCUUUAAGGGGUUUAGUUUUCUUGAACUUAUCUAGAAAUCAUUUGACGGGAAAUAUCAUUUCAAACAUUGGUCAAAUGGAGACGUUAGAAUGUCUUGACUUGUCUCGAAACCAGCUUUCAGGGAAGAUACCGAACAGCCUUGCACAUCUAAAUUUUCUCGAUGUUUUGGAUUUAUCAUACAAUAAUUUGACAGGAAAGAUUCCUUUGGGCACUCAACUACAAAGCUUCAACUCCUCUAUGUAUGCUGGUAAUAGCCAACUCUGUGGAAAGCCUCUGACAGAGUGUCCUGAAGAUAUUUCUAAUAGUUCUGUGAUUGAUCUCGGAAAGGAAAAUAUUUUUGAAGAAGAUGAUGUGUUUAUAACUCGCGAUUUUUAUAUUUGCAUGGUAUUUGGUUUCAUUACUGGAUUCUGGGUAGUUGUUAUAACUCUAUUCUUCAAGCAUUCUUGGAGACAUUCCUACUUCAACUUUUGGAAUAACGUUGGAAACUGGAUGCACGUGACAACAACAAUCUAUGUGACAAGAUUGAAGAGAAAAUUUCAGACGUAAAGGAGCCCCUUCUGGGAAACAAGAAAGUGCUGACUACCAUUCAAACAAUAUGUUGGCUGGAGAGGUGCAGGGACUAUGCAGUGUUUUUAUUUCUAUUCUAGUUAUCACCAUUGUCUUAUUUUCUAAGUAUUUUUAAAAAUAAUAUCAAUUUGUGAGAUCUCAAUUCAUACAAAUAACUAGCUUUGUUGUGCUUAACCAUUGAUGUAAAAAUAAAUUUUAAUGGAGAUCGAGUAUAUCACUUGAUUAAUUA